AUGUUUCUCUUUCUCUCACUUUUGCUUGUGGUUUUUAAAAUGAGUAUGAUCAGUCUGUCAAUUCAGGAGCUCAGAAUCUGUCCCAGAGGAUACCAAAUGGGGAAGGAAAAGUCCUCUUGCCUUGAUAUAGAUGAAUGUCUGGAAGGUGGAAUUCACAUUUGUAGCCAAAAUUGCCUCAAUGUUCCAGGAUCCUUUAUCUGCUCUUGUAUGGCAGGCUAUUCUUUGGGUGAUGACAAGUGGUCUUGUCAUGUAAGCGAUCCUAUACCAUUCCUAGUUUUCAGCCAAGGAAGUGCCAUCUAUAGAAUAGAUAUAGAAGGAACCAAUCACCAAAGACUGGUAGCUGAUGCUGGUUUAUCAGCAUUAAUUGAUUUCCAUUAUGAAGAAGAACAUAUUUAUUGGGUGGACAAGGAAAAAUGUCUUCUCAAACGUGUACAUUUGAAUGGCUCAGAUCAAGAGACCAUUUGCUCCAUAAAAAAGGAUGUUACUGGAUUUGCAGUAGACUGGAUAAAUCAAGGCAUCUAUUUGGCUCACUCCCAGGGAGCUAUUGAGGCAAUCAGCUUGGAUGGAAACUAUUCCCGAAUCCUUAUAAAGGACAAUCACAAUCCUACAAGUAUUGCAGUUGAUCCAAGUCAAAGGUUUUUAUUUUGGUCUACUGAAGGGAUUUUUGAUAGCAUCUAUCGAGCAGAUCUGCAUGGAAAAAAAAGAUGGAGAGUUCUAAGAAGCACAGAAAAAAUCAAAACCAUUUCCCUGGACUUUAUCAAUAUGAAACUGUUCUGGAUACAGCAUGAUGCCAUUAAUGAAAUUUCCUAUUUUGGAACCUGUGACUACAAUGGCCACUUUAUCCAUCUAUACAGACAAAUGGGACGAAAUCAAGCUUAUGACAUAUUUCUCUUUGGUGACCACAUGUACUAUUCUGACUCAAGGACUGGAACUAUUCGGAGAGCCAAUAAGUACACUGGAAAGGAUAUUGUUGUAAUUAACCUGCAACAAUUUCCUCAACCUACUGAGAUCCUGGUAGUACACCCAUUAAAACAGAUUGGCAGAAGGAUGAAUUCUAAAGGAUUUGAUGUCAAUGAAUGUGCAUUAUGGAAUCAUGGCUGUACUUUAGGCUGUGUGAAUAUCCCUGGCUCCUAUUAUUGCACAUGUCCAAAAGGUUUUAUUCUCUUGUCUGAUAAGAAAACAUGCUAUGAACUAAUUUCCUGUGCAAGCAAUUAUAUUCACUGCAGCUAUGAUUGUGGACAGACACCUGAAGGGCCUAUUUGCUUUUGUCCUGAAGGAUCAGUUCUCCAAGUAGAUGGAAGAACAUGUACAGGACCUAGGCCAUUUCUGUUGUUUGCAAACAGUCAAGAUAUCCGUAGCAUUGCUUUUGACGGGACGGAGUAUUCAAGCGUCCUUGCCUGGCAGAUGGGAGUAGUCUUAGCUCUGGACUAUGACCCGGUAGAAAGUAAGAUCUAUUUUGCCCAUACAGACCUGAAGUGGAUAGAGAGAUCUGAUCUGGAUGGCACCAAUCGUGAAAAAGUUGUAUGGGAUGCAAGUGAGAGACCAGAAGGGCUAGCAUUGGAUUGGAUUAAUCGUAAAUUGUACUGGACUGACCCAGGGAAAUCUAGCAUUGAAAGUAGUAAUCUAAAUGGAAUGCAGAGAAAAAUAAUUAUCCAGGAGAAGGAGUCUUAUCCUCAAGGAAUUGCUGUUCAUCCAUUUACCAAGGAACUGUUUUGGACAGUCCUAGGGAUCAAUCCACAUAUUGAAAAGUCUACUUUACAAGGCUCAGAGCGUGUCAUAAUAGCAAAUUCAGACUUACUUUUGCCCAGUGGAAUAACUAUUGACUAUUUUGAUGACAAGUUGUACUGGUGUGAUGCAAAAAUGUCUGUUGUUGAAACUGCAAACCUGGAUGGUUCUAGUCGACGAAUACUUACACAGAAUGAUGUAGGCCACCCAUAUGGCAUAACAGUUUUUGAGGACCACAUUUGGUUGUCUGACUGGACUAGGCCUUCAUUACUGAGAAUAGACAAGAAAAAUGGCCUCAAGAAGGUACGCCUUGGAGGAACCAUGCUGAGGCCCUCUUCACUGCUUGUGGUUCAUCCUUUAGCCAAACCAGGCCGUAUCUCUACAUCCAAGGAAGAUGUGUCAGGAAAGAAAAUGUUUGCACUGGAAACAUCCUCCCAGCAUCUUCUGAGUAGCAGCCAACAUGGUGAUAGCAGCAGGGAUGACCAGGAGAAGCAACAAACACUGACUGCUGAAAUCGUGGUGUCUAACCAGGAGGACUGUACAUCAUUGGGUUGUGAUCUCAAUUCCCAAUGCACUGAACAUCAAAAUGGUGCUAUGUGUGAGUGCCAGAGAGGAUUCAUCAUGGAAGGUCAACUGUGCUAUGAUGUUGAUGAAUGCAUUCUUAACAAAGAACACUGCAAUCAGAGCUGGUCGAGGUGUAUCAAUACUGAAGGAAGCUACUUCUGUGAGUGCCUUUUGGGUUAUACUGAAGAUGGGCUUCAUUGUUCUGAAUCUGUCAUCACUCCUUCUGUUGCAACCAGGGAUGAAUCUACAUUAUCUGAACAAGAAGGUCCUAUGGAUUGCCCAUCAUCAUACUGUUUCCAUGAGGGAGUUUGCAUUUAUUUUUCAGAUCUGCAGAUUUUUGCAUGCAACUGUGCGAAAGGCUACCUGGGAGAGCGCUGUCAGUUUAGUGACUUGGAGUGGUGGGAACAGCAACAUGUGAUGCACAUGAAGAAACAAAACAUCGCAACUGCUGCUUUCCUGGCUAUGCUGUUCUUGGUUCUCCUCCUCGGCGUGGGUGCCUUCUUUUUCUACAGGAGACAACAGAAGUUUUCCAAGAGGGAGCCUUAUGUAGAAGACAGAAUAGACAUAACCUGCAACAGCACCCAUACUAGCCCUAAAAGCGACAACAUGAAGCUGCCAACUCUUAAGCCUUCGUGUAAGGAUCAGUUUCAUGAACUUAUCAACCAUAGUUAA